AUGGCACAAUACAACGGCAAGCUGUACCAGCCUCGCCGGGGCCCCGAGCACCCCCUGCAGCCGGCGGAGGACCCGGAGGCGCACGCCGUGAUUAACCACCUUGCGGUCAUGGCGGCGGAGGCGGAGGUGGAGGCGAUGAACGCGUACAGGGAGGAGCAUGAGCAGGAGGUGGAGGAGGGCGAGGGGGAUGGGCAACAUGGGCAUGGGGGUGGCAAGGUGGAGGUCGUCCAGAUGGAUGCCGAUGCCGUGGUGGCUGCUGCUGCUAUGGCAGCGGCAGUUGUGGCGGCCACACAGUUGGACCUACACAGGGCAAUGCCUCACCGCCCCUCACCGCCCCUCACCGCUCCCUCUCCCCACUCUCCCCACUCUCGCCACUCUCCCAACUCUCACCGGCGGUGGCGGAUCGGAGGAGAGCAAGAAGACCACCGGACUCCAUCACCGGCGAGCGGAUCAUCACUUGGCCCGCGGCAAUGGCGAUCGAGGAGAGCAACGAGAUGGGCACGGAGGUGCUCCCGGCCGUUGACAACAAGGGCAAGCAGCCCCUUCAUCCAAUGCCGGACGAGGUUGUGCUGCCGCCCACCGCCGAGGAAGAACCGAAGACGCCUGAGGCUGGCGACGACGAGCGCAUGGAGGAGCCCCCCCAGCAACAAGCGCCGCAACUACGACCACUACCAUGAGGAGGAUGGCCCAACUCACUUUUGCAAGGUCAUCCUUACACCGAAGCUUGAGUGCAUCCCCAUGCCCCUAGACCUCACCAAGCACUUCGUCGCGGUGCCGACGGAUUCAAGCUCAGGAACAACACCGGCUGCUUCUGGAAGGUGACGGUGAAGCUGAUGAACGGCAGGGUGACCCUGGAUCAGGGUUGGGCCACCUACACCGCCGUUCAUCAUAUCAAGAUCGGCUACAUGGUGACGUUCAAGCUCCUCACUCCCGACACCCUCAAGGUCAUCAUCUUCGACGACGAAGGCAUUGAGGUGGUCAACAAGUGCGGGAAGCACGACGAAGCCUUCGCCGCCAAGGACUAGGGCCGGGGCACCUCCUUCCUAAGUACUUUCGAGUUUAUGCAUUGAA